AUGUUGAAGUCGUUUAUUCCCCGACAGUCCCGCUCAUUACUCCGGCCCUUGAACUCAGGCGCCCCCUCCGCCUUCUACCUUGUUCCCCGCAGAGGAUUCGCCUCUGAGACUCCCGAACAUGAUGUAAUUGUCAUUGGUGGCGGUCCUGGAGGAUACGUUGCGGCCAUCAAGGCUGCUCAGGAGGGAUUGAAGACUGCUUGCAUUGAGAAGCGUGGUGCUCUGGGUGGAACAUGUUUGAAUGUGGGAUGUAUCCCUUCAAAGUCGCUACUCAACAAUUCGCAUAUCUACCACCAGAUCCUACACGAUGUAAAGAACCGUGGUAUUGAUGUCGAGGGUGUUAAGCUCAACCUUACACAAAUGAUGAAGGCAAAGGAAACCUCCGUCUCCGGUCUUACAAAGGGUAUCGAGUAUCUUUUCAAGAAGAACGGCGUCGACUAUAUCAAGGGAACCGGUACCCUCACCGGCGAAAACGAAAUCAAGGUGAAUCCUCUCGAUGGUGGAGAAGCUCAGACAUACCGCGCAAAGAACAUCAUCAUCGCCACUGGAUCAGAGGCUACACCAUUCCCAGGACUCGAAAUCGAUGAGAAGAGAGUUGUUACCAGCACAGGUGCGAUUGCGCUCACAGAGGUGCCUAAGAAAAUGAUCGUUAUCGGAGGUGGUAUCAUUGGACUCGAGAUGGGAUCUGUGUGGUCACGAUUGGGUGCUGAGGUUACCGUGGUUGAAUACUUGGGCGCUAUCGGUGGCCCAGGUAUGGAUGCUGAUAUGGCCAAGACCAUGCAGAAGAUUCUCUCAAAGCAGGGCAUGAAGUUCAAGCUCAACACUAAGGUUCUCGGUGGCGAUGUCAACGCCGAUGACAUUAAGAUCAAGAUUGAGGCUGCGAAGGGUGGAAAGGAGGAGCAGCUCGAUGCCGACGUUGUCCUUGUCGCUAUCGGCCGUAGACCCUACACCUCCGGCCUUGGUCUCGAGAACGUUGGUAUCGAAACCGACGAGAGAGGCCGUAUUGUCAUUGACCAGGAAUACCGCACCAAGAUUCCCCACAUCCGCGUAAUCGGAGAUGUCACUUUUGGAGCUAUGCUGGCGCACAAGGCCGAGGAGGAGGGUAUCGCAGCGGUUGAGUACAUCAGCAAGGGACACGGACACGUUAACUACGGCGCCAUUCCUAGCGUCAUGUACACCCACCCUGAAGCUGCCUGGGUUGGACAGACCGAGCAGGAGGUUAAGGCCACUGGAAAGCCCUACAACAUUGGAAGCUUCCCAUUUAGCGCCAACUCUAGAGCCAAGACCAACUUGGAUACUGAAGGAAUGGUUAAGUUUAUCACAGACAAGGAGACCGACAGGAUUCUGGGAAUCCACAUCAUUGGACCCAACGCUGGUGAGAUGAUUGCAGAAGGUGUUUUGGCUCUUGAAUACGGUGCAUCUUCAGAAGACAUUGGUCGCACAAGUCACGCUCACCCUACCCUCUCUGAGGCUUUCAAAGAGGCUGCCAUGGCUGCCUACUCGAAACCUAUCCACGCAUAA